UUCAUGUCUAUAGUCUUUCAGAAUAUCUUCCAAUAUCCAUCUCUUUUUAUUUUUUCUUUCAAUUUUUUGCAAUCUUUUCAGUUAAUGCAUUUAUUCUUUUGCCUUCCUCUGGGAACCCAAUUCUGAUUUCCAUCUUGGUGUUGUUGAUUGACCCCUUUAUCCUGCUUUGGUUCCUAAGUCAAAGUCUUCUUCAGCUUGUGGUGAUAACACAAGGGGAUUCAAGUUCUGAUUCCUGUGUGAGUGAGUGCCUUACAGGUUUGGCUUUGGCAUCUUAAAAGGGACAUAAAGCAUCGUAGUUUGUGGGAGCAACUGACUGUUGGUUAUGGAUUGGGACGGGAAAGAGUUUGCCUGGGAUCCACGUGGGCUGGAGCUGGCUAAUGGUGAAGGACAGAGGAAUGAAGCUGCUUCAGUGGAUUUGAGGCUUGGUGAGGAAAAAUCAGUCCCAGAUGUUGCUAAGGAGCCUAGAGACUCAAAAACUGUGUCUUCGCCAUCUGGGUCAUCAAAAAGAUCCCGCCUUCAGAAUGGAUCACAGAAUAUGUGUUGUUCUGUUGAUGGAUGCACCUCUGACCUCAGUGAUUGCAGAGAGUAUCAUAGGCGUCAUAGGGUCUGUGAAAAGCACUCCAAAACCCCAGUUGUGUUGGUGGGGGGCAAACAACAACGGUUCUGCCAGCAAUGCAGCAGGUUUCACUCACUUGGGGAGUUUGAUGAGGUUAAGAGGAGUUGUAGGAAAAGGCUUGAUGGGCAUAACAGGCGCAGGAGGAAGCCUCAGCCUCCCUCUCUUUUCAUGGCUGCUGAGAAAUUCAUGUACAAUUACAAAGGACCUAGAAUCCUGCAUUUUGGCAGCCCGGAGACAUAUGUGAACCCUAUUAUGAGGAGUAUGUGGUCUGCCACUGCCAAAACUGGAGCUGAAUCUGGUUAUGAUCCACCUCGACUGUUAUACAGAAUUGACAAGCACAAGCAAGACAAGGGACAUGCUCUUUGGCAAGAAAAUGACCCUAUUGUAGGCAAUGCUAAUGAAGCAAUGCUUGGAGCUCCCGUUUGUCAGCCUAUUCAUGGCACUAUCACCCCAUCAACCGGUGGAAAGAGCAGCCGAAAGCACUCUUCAGAUGCAAAACCUGGAUCCUUUGACUCAGGUUGUGCUCUCUAUCUUCUGUCAACACUUCAAUCACAAAGUCCAGAGUCGAGUAUGGUGCAAUCUAGCAUCACAUGUCCAAUGCAAUCUCCAUCAGGAUCUGUGCAUUUUGAUACUGUGAAUGAAUAUGCCUACUCAGAAACGGAAAAAGAUAAUCCUAGUGGUCAAGUAUUGGUUCUUGAUAACACAACCAACCUUCAUUGCAAUGGAAUGCUGCAAAUGGGGUUAGAUGGUUUGGUUGAAAAUGACGACCCACUUACACUUCCCUUCUUGUGGGAGUAGGUGGCUAAGUGGUUAUAUCUUUUGGGAAAUUUAUGGAUUCAAAACCUUAUCUGUGUGUACUCCAAUGCUUAAAGCUUGAACUUGUUGAAGCUUUCAAUAAGGGUCCUUUGUUGCUAUCAAUCUAGUUGUGGUUUUGCACAAUUGUUUGUGCUGAUGAGGAUGAAAUGGAUUGUAUGCCGUUGUCUAUUUUCUUUCAUUUGUCAUGAGAUCAGUUUGAACAGUUCUUGAGUUGUUUCCUUUGAUGGAAGAUUUCAAUUUUUAUUGAGAUUUUUGGUUCAUGAUA